AUGAACGGUAAUGUCCUCUUUGUUGUUGAACAAUCCGUUUUAUACACGGUGAUGUGCAAAGACAAGUAUGUACAUAGUUACCAAAGCUAUUUGUGGAACCAUGCAGCAAGUACAAGGGUGCAAAAAUAUGGAUGGGGAACUAAUGAGGAUCUGAUCAUAUUGAUCUUGGGUCAUCGGAAUGCUGCUCAAAGGAAGCCUAUAAGGGAAACUUAUGCUGAAACUUAUGGAGAAGAUCUUCUCAAGGCCUUGGACAAAGAGUUGACAAGUGACUUUGAGAGGCUGGUUCACCUUUGGGCCCUUGAUUCCGCUGAACGUGAUGCAUUUUUGGCAAACGAAGCAACUAAGAGAUGGACGUCAAGCAAUCAGGUGCUGGUGGAAAAAGCCUGCACUAGGUCCUCUGAACAAUUGUUUGCUGCGAGAAAGGCUUAUCAUGCUCUUCAUAAGAAGUCUCUUGAGGAGGAUGUUGCUCAUCAUACAACAGGGGACUUCCGUAAGUACCACAAAGCUGAUCCGAAGGAUGAGUACCUGUCUUUACUGAGAGCCAGUGAGCCACUGUCAAGUGCUUGGUCUGUCCUGAGAAGUACUUUGAGAAGUUUAUUCGUUUGGCUAUCAACAAGCGAGGAAGGAGCCCUUACAAGAGUGGUGGCCACCAGGGCGGAGAUUGAUUUGACGGAGCGACGGUGUGCUUAUGGCAGAGGUUGUUUGAGGGUAUGAUGGGAGCAGGGUAGAGGUCACGUUUUCUGUCUUUCUACUGCUGUUUUGACAUGUGUGUGUGCAAUUCUGGGUUUAGUUCAAGUUUUUGUGUGAGUUUUGGCAUAGUUGGGACUAUGUUUUUUAUGCACUGGCUGGGAGGUUUGAGAUGGUUAUUGGGGGGGGGGGGGGUUUGGGUUUAGGCAGGGGCCAAGGGUAGGUACUGGUGUUAUUAUUUCUAUGAAGUGGUGUGGUAGAGGGAUGGUAUCAAGCUUACGGCUUUUGCCAAAUCUAAGGAUGUGGCAAAGUCAUGAAUUAAAGGUUUUUUGGUAGGGCCUGUUGUUUUGAUGUGGCAAAGUCAUGAAUUAAAGGCCUUUGGUUAAAAAAUUGGAAAAGAUUCUUAGAGUUUAUUUCAUGAGUAUUAUACAAGUCAGAUAUAGUUAAACUUGAGGUGGCCUUUAAUUUUUUAACUUGGCCAUUCUUUGCUACAUCAGAUGCUGAUAAAUUUAUGUUGUUUCCCAACUCCUCCAUAGACUACUUGAUCAAUUCCAUCUCUAUAAGGUUUUUCAAUUAUGAAUGCAUGUAGGAUUUGAUGUCUGUGCUGAUAGUUUUUCAAUUACUCAUAUUUUCAUCAAAAUUUUGUGCUUAUUCUGACUGUUUAAGCAGCAAUGUCGUGAACAAACAAUUUGCUCGACCAAUACCUCAGGUUGUUAAGCAUCCCCAAAAAACUGUGGGUUAGACUUGGAGUUGAAUAUCAGGUGAUCACAAAAAGGAAGCGUUCAAGAUUGGCUCUUCAGCAAGGAGAGCUAGAAGUGAUAACUGUUGCGUAUGUGAUAAAUUUGGAAGGAGUAGAUUAAUUUCAGGCAUGGCCAACUGUGUGGUUGGAAACUUUAGAGAAUGUUAUGAUGAGUGGGAAGGGGAUGACUAUGGUCUAUAUCCAGCCAUGUUAAUAAUUCAAUAUCAUACAAUAUCUUAUGUUGUACCAUUAUAUUGUUAAUAUAUUAUUUUAAAGAAAAUAAUAGUAAAAAUAUGCCACUGAAAAUAUUAGAAAA